AUGCGGCCCACAUGUGCUUGUGCGGUUCGCGCCGUGCGCAUGUAUACCCCAAUGCGCGUAGCGGCAACUAAUGGCGCCACACCAUCGGCGGCCUCUCUCGCUGGUGGCAGCGCCGCUAUAUCGAGUGAGGUCCGUGCAGCUCGACGCAUUACGGAAGCCGUUCUCAGGGCACGUGCGAACCGCAAGCUACGCGAGCCGCAGCCGUCGUCUCCUCCUGCGCCAGUUCCUCCACCGGCCCACGCAAAGACACCAGGGCCGCGCUCGCCGGCGUCGGAGAGAGGGGAAGGUGUAGUGAAGGACACGGUAACGGCGGAGGUGCAGACCGCCGCGCGACUCGCGCUCUCCUACGGCAAGUCCGCCUUUAUGACGCACCUCGUCCACCAGCACGACAAAGUCUGCGAGCGCCCCUGCACUUUCUCUGCGUCAGAAUGGGAUCAGCUGAUGGUGGGCGACCCCAGCACACCUGAAGCUUCGGCAGUGACGGCGCCCUCCGACACAUUUUCAGCGUCGACCCCUCGUGCCGACACACCAAGUAUCCCGCGCGCUGCGGCUGGAAUGGUGGGGCUGCAGAGGGCACUGGUAAAGUGCUGGGAUGAGCUCACUGACGAGGCAAGGGUGCGAUGGAUCACAUCGACGCCUCAAGGUCGCCGAGCACUGCAACAUGCGACAAAGCUCGCAAGGUUUAGGGAUGUCACUCAUGGCCAAUGUAGCAGCAGCAACUCUAGUGCAUAUGUGGUGCCUUCUAUGGAGUUGAUGCUAUCCAAGUACAAGAACACACUCGUUCAACCGCGAUUGCCACGAGCGGCGGCAUUGGCCCCAUCACCCAGGGAAUCAACUCUCCGAAUGAAGUUGCGCGGUGAAAGGGACACAUCUGCGAACCUCAGUCCGAAGUCGGCCGCGACGUCCACCGCCUUAAGUAGCAUGAUGCACGUUGCAUUCGCAAGCAACGCGAGCCGUCACCGCCUGCGCGACAGGGCCGACGCGGUGCGUCGCGAGGAGCGGAGAAAGCUGUGGCACGAAGCACUCGUCAAGUUCCUCGGUGGUGAGGCAGCGUUUAUGUUUGUCCACGACGUGAAGUAUCUGCAGCAGCCUCGCGCAGAGUCGGACGAGGCGCUAAAGCGAGAAUCGAGUAUCCAAGGUGGCGAGGGAACUGGGCGUGCUGGAACAGUGGCGCCGUCCACACCAGCGGCUGCCGCCGCUGGUGACACCGCACUGGAAGAGGUGACGAAUGAGGGUGCGCCAGUUGACUUCUCCGACGGGCUGCUAGAUCUCUGUGAGGACCUCGGCAUCCGCAGUGCACGGCGCGCGUAUGUUCUCUCACGUGUCUUGCCUGAAGUCGAUGCAACGAGCGCCUCCGAGGACCCGCCGCUUUCGUUAGCGGAGGUGCGAGACCUGGCAAAGAGGUGCUCCAACGAGUACAACGAUCUCCGUGCUGAAGCGGCUCGGACUGCGAAGGAGGCCGGCUUCGCCUCUGCCGAGGACGCUGUCCGUGCCUUCGAGAGAGUGCACCUGGCGCUCGCCGUGGCACGCGUGCAGACGAAGCUGCACAUGUUCCAGGAAAAUCUCCCGCUGUUGAAGAACUGCGUGAACGCCCUUAGCAAGUAG